AUGUCCAUAGGUACCCCAUCCCUCACACGGAGACAUGGAAUUUAUAAAUUCAUUGGAAUUUUGACUUCAACUCUUGCAUCGUUAGCAUGGUUAGCAACAGUUAUCACAUUAUUUGGCUUAUGGGGAGGGGAAGAUAAUUUUACUCAAUAUGAGUCUGACGAUGGUGAAGUACCGUACAUAUCGAGUGUUGGUGCGCGUCAUAAAACAGUUUUUAUUGUCGGUGCAGCUCUAACUGGUGUGUUUUUUGUUUUAACUUUGAUUUUCACUCGACUUUCUUUCGAUGUACAAACCAAACGAAGAUCCAAACGUUGGAUAUCGCUCAUAUCGCUUAUAUGUGGUAUUAUAGCAGCAGUUUCACUUCUUCUGUUGUCUAUUUUUGAUUCGGUCGAUCAUUCAACUCUUCAUUUUGUAUUUACGGGCUUAUUCACGGCUUUUACACUUCUUUCAGCGAUAUUUUCCACGAUUUAUCGAUUUUCGCGCAAUGAAGUCAAUCUAGCUGUCUAUCUUCGCGUAUUAUUUAUUUCAAUCGUCUUUCCUUUAGCAAUUUGUUUUAUAGUAUUCAGUUUAGUCAAUCGUCCAGCAAAUCAAACACAAUUGUUAUCCGUCGCAGCCGCUUUUGAAUGGACUAUUGCUAUUCUAUUUAUUAUUUAUUUGGCUUUAUUUGCCUUAGAUCUAAUACUAAGUUAA